CUAGGACUAAGCGAUUGGACGGGAGAAGGGAAGUAGAUCACUCAGAUUCUGGGAAUUGAAUUAUUUAGGUUUCGCUGAAGGUUGUUACUAUAUAGUGAUCUAUAAUAGUAUGUUGCAAUCGCAUAAAUUAGCCUGAUCAACUGAAAUGUUGUGCCUGAAAGACGUUUUGUUGUUUUGGACUUUCUGUCAUGUCCUCAGACAAGCAUGGUCUGAGGAUGAGCUGUCAUCUCCACGGGACGUGCGCGUUGGUUCUGCUGUGCGUUGGAGCCCCGCCACAGACAGCCCAGGGAUAAAGUACACGGUUCAGUACUGGAACAGUGACAGCAAGAAGUGGCUCAACGUUUCGGGCUGUGUUCAGACCGAGCUCACCACCUGUAAUGAAGUGUCCGGGCUGGGAUGUGUGAUGGUGCAAGUCCUGGCUCAGGAAGGGAACCGCACAUCCAGAUCCGUCGAAGCCUGUAGCCAUGCUGAUUCGUGCAGCCCUGAAUUCCAGUUGAUCUCCAAGGAAGGACUUCUGAUGGUCCAGAUGGUAAAAAACAACCGUCUACGGGAGGAUAAUGCAGCCCAUUUUGAAUACAACAUUCAAUACGGCAGAGACGGGGAGGAGGUCAAACAGGAUCUUUACACCUCCACAUCCUUUAAGACCAUCAACGGUCUGGAUGUGGGCCAGAGGUACUGUGUACAGGUCCGGUAUUUCUGUUACAGCAAACCCUUUGGAACCCCUAGCACUCAACAUUGUGAGUCCAUCCACGAGUCAGAAAGGACACGGAAAAUGAAGAUUGUGGCGAUCGGUGUGACCGUUACCAUCCUGUUGGGUGUCUUGGUAGUGGGCCUUACGCUCUUCAUCUACAGGCACCAUAAGAAAGUCAAACAGUUCCUUCAGCCCCCACUACGGUUACCAGACCACUAUUUUGAGUACCUGUCAGGGGUUUUCCCCCAGCAGGCCCUGUCCAUCACAACCAGUCCCUGUGAAGAACGCCAUGAUCUCAUCUCCAUCGUCUGCCGUGAAGAGGACCUGUCGGACUCCUGUCUGAUUCCUGAGUCUGAGAGAGAACAUGAUUAUGACUCACCUAAUGGACUGGAUUUAUUAGAUCAUUUUGAAUGAUCCAUUGAUCCUGUGACUUCAGACAUGAGACUUUUGCACUCCAUUAGGAUUUGAGAUGAACUUGAUAGCGUCAAUACAUUAACUAGGGGCUGCAGGUAGCCUAGUGGUUAGCGCGUAUGGUCAGUAACCGAAAGGUUGCUGGAUCGAAUCCCCGAGCCGACAAGGUAAAAAUCUGUCGUUCUGCCCCUGAGCAAGGCAGUUAACCCACUGUUCCCUGGUAGGCCGUCAUUGUAAAUAAGAAUUGUUCUUAUUUACAACUGAUUUGCCUAGUGAAAUGAAGUUUAUUUUUGAAUUUUAAUAUAAAAAAAAUAAACUAGUAGGCCUGGCUAUAGCACUGUUUCCACCCCGAAGGCCUUGCCUAGCAUCAGCUACCAACAUUAUUGUUGAUCAAAAGAGAACUAUUUUACAAUGAAGUCAACUUCUGUGGGUAUUUUAGUUUGCUCUGCAACCGGGGCCAGAGAAAGAUGCUUGUCUCAGUAAUUACACCUACCCUGGAUAUUCAUUGGAUAAUAAUAGGUGCAAUCAGGUAGUCCAGCUAAACAUAGAACCGCUAUACAUUUAUAAUUCAUUUUAGGAAAGUGCAUUGCUGAGGUUUUUCUGGAAAAGUAAGAAAGUGUCCUUGGGCCAGGACUUAAAUUGAACUUUUUUGUUUGUAACAUUACUGCUGUAUAUUACAAAUCUGUACAUUUCACACUAUUUCUUAGUAUUAAAAAAUAAUUUGAAAGUUUAAUGGGGUAGUUUGAGAUUUAGGCAAUGCUAACUACCGUUAGUGCAAUGACUGGGAAGUCCAUGGGUAUCUGCUAGCAGGUCAUUUCACUAACCAAUAAAAUGACAUUUUCCCUGAGGUGUAUGUAUGUUCAGUUGGUUAUGUCUUAAGUGUAAAGGUUUGUUGAGACCUAUGCUGUCACUUUAUACAAGCGUUGUCCUCGUACUGAUUUAAAUGUCUUUUUAUAUUUUAUAUUGAUUGUAUUUCUUCUGUCAAUUCCUUUAUUACUUCAUGCUGUUCAUAAAGUUUGGACACAUUCAA